UUUGAGGCGCGGAGGCAAACAGAAACGUCGUCAUCCCUCUGCAGUCGAUUUCUGCCCACGCAUUUUUUCACUCUAUCUGGUCUAUGAUGACAGGUCUACACGAGCCCAGCCCGGCUAACGAUUUGUCCGCCAUUCGCGUGAGAGCACGCAGGAACGCGCGUGACGCAAUGUUGUCGUUCGUACAAAAUCCAAACCGUGGGUCAUCUAACUCGAAACAAGCAGCACAGCUGCUGACUCGCCGAAAAAUAAAAAGAAAUUCAAGGACAUCGCAAAUUUCAAGUCAUGAGUUCAAUGAACUCGUUGUGGCGUUGAGCUCCUGGCAUGCGAUUUGUAUACGUCGUCGACGAGUAAACGUUCACAGGGCAAUACUGUCGCCUGUCACAAAAUCUGUCAUGAUUCCAGGGGAGUGGAAGAGCUGCGUGCUCUUGGACACUUUUGGCAAGGGGACGAAAUUCUUUCACUCUUCCAAAUUUUUGACACCGAGAAAGUUUGGAGCGCUCCAGUGGUACUCACAACAGGUAGUUGAUCAUGAAAUUGAAACCGCAAAAAGUAGUCAGAUGUGCAGCACAGGGUGCAAAUGUUUUUCUUUGCGACCAUUAUUUGGACUUUCUAUGUCUGAGAAAUUUAUUUAUGGAAAGAAGCUUUUUGGUUCCACCGGGGGUUGCCAGGUUCAAGACUCUCAUGCAGAAUAAUGAAUAUAACAUCAAGCUCCAAGUGCACUCGAUAAACAUGUUCAAUACAUGAGAUCUUCGUUCGAUUAAACAUAAAGAUUGUGUUUGUUCGCUUUAAGUCACAGUCGAUUAACUGGCUCAGCGAUGUACAAGGACACCGCAAGGCUGGAAACAAGGUAGACAGCUUCUCUGUGAUAGUGCUGCACUUGGCGGCCAGCAAAUAAACUGACAUGUUGCUGUCUCAUACGUUUUCAAAGACUGAAAUUUGUCCGCUUAUAAGCUUUUCUACCGUCUCAUGAUCAGCGUGGAUCAUCGUGGAGCCCUCCCUGAACGGGACCAUCUCAGUCAAACGGGCACAGCCUGCUGGGAAUCGACUGAAGAUCAACUUUGUCCUCGAUUUGAGAGAAAACGAGCGCAAAUACAUUUCUUUCGCUUUGUCCCUGAUAUUUUAAUCGAUCUUUUCUGUUUGGAAUGGACUAGUAUCUGGAAUGAAAAAAAUCAAAGUAUGUUUUUAUUGUUGGAAUUGCAACUGCAAACCUCAUCAAGUGAACAAUGAUGGUCGGUCACGGUACAUUGAUCCUAAGCAGCCAGACAAACACGUAUGUUGUCAGCACGAAACAAACCGAUGACCCACGGCGCUUCAUUACGUGAUACUUUAGAAUCCUGCGUUGAUUUCUUACGCGCUUACCUGUGAAGAGCGCACAACGUCUCUUAGCAGCUCGCGUUGGGGCAAACCAGAUGACUCUCUGAUAAUCGUAUUUCCAUGCUGAUUGUCUCGACCAUCGGAAAUAAUCUUCUGCUUUGCUUUAGAAGUAGGUGAAUUGAUCAAAAGAAAACACAGCUUAGGCACAACUUGCCUGAUAGCCAUCCAUAAACUUUGAAAGGCUAUUGUGUUUUGCCGCGGCAAUGCACUUGACAAGAUAGUGUCAAACGUCGAUGAUAACGUUCCUUCAUAGAUAGAAAACUUACUUCUCGCAUUUUAUCGACAACAUCACAAGCCGGAGAGCAUUUCAAAGUGUGUUGAUCUGGAACAGCAGGGAAAAAUGUUGGGACAUGGGCAAGAUCUGAGCUUCCAAGUUCUCGGAAAGAGGGUGCUCUCUGCGACAUUCCAAGAGGUUUUGGUAAGAGUUACAAUAUUUCUGCCACAUCAUGAAUCACAGAAAGACACCUUUGGCACUCUGCGCACAAACAGCCGUGGUGGCAGUGUGUGCGCAAAGGGGACAUCAAAGUUUCUGAAGUCGUCAAGGGAAGAUACAAAAGAAAAUUGUGGACUUUUCAGUGCGCACAACACGUCUCCAGUAUUGACAAGAGUUCGCCCCUGAAUAAGCAAGGCCGGGUAUGAGACAUCAUUGCUCUGUGGAAGUGUCGAGACGAGGUAAGGCCGACCAACUUACAGCAAUUUCCGUUUGCCUUCGUGACAACUGGCUAAUCUCGUUCAAGAACCAAAAAAAAAGGUCCACAAGUUUAGGUGAGUCAGCACAUGCAUCGAGUUGCGCACAUACAUGGGUUUCCUCACAACCUUACCGCGAAAGCACCUCGGCUAAUGCAUCCACUGCGGUAGAACUAACCUUGUCAAAGUGGCUGCAUAUCUGAAGCCACGAAAGGUCAAGUGCGAGACAAAAGUUUCGAGCCGGACGAGAGGCUCCAAACUCACCUGCGCCACGACAAGGCGCUCU